CCACACAUCCCGUGGUGCCCCGCGGGGGCCUGUGCUCCUGCGGCCUCUGCUCCAUGUGGGCCGCGGCCAGAGGGCUGUGGGCCUCCGGCGCAGGGCCGCGCGUGCUGUGGGGAAACGGCGAUGGCGCGAGCCUUUUGGGUCCCUUGCGGGGCCUGCGGAGCUCCGCGGCCUCCUGUGGCAGCAAGAACUUGCUCAAGAAAUUUGCCUCCAAAACCAGAAAGAAGUUUUGGUAUGCAGGACCUUCCCUGGGGUCUCACUUGACUUACAAGCCAUCCAAGUUAGAAUCCCUCCUGAAGGCUACUUCAAAGAAGAGCAGGAAGGAAGACCAUGUGCGCCUGAGAGCCUUAAAUGGUCUCCUCUACAAAGCCCUGACAGAUUUGCUGUCCACCCCAGAAGUGAGCCAGGAGGUGUACGACUUGAAUGUGGAGCUCUCCAAGGUCUCUCUGACUUCAGACUUCUCAGCCUGCCGCGUAUACUGGAAGACAAGUCUCUCUGCUGACCAGAAUAAGCACACGGAGGCUGUUCUGCAGAGGAGUGCUGGAUACAUGAGGCACCUUUUGAUGGCCCAGCAGACACUCAGAAAUGUGCCACCAAUAGUGUUUGUUCAAGACAGAAGAAACGCACUUCUGGCUGAGGUUGAUCAGUUGCUGGCAGUAGCUGACUUUGGGCCCAUGGAUGAAACAGACAACUUGGCACAAGAUCAUUUCAGGGACCCUGAUGCCCUGUCACCACAUGACCCCCCAGGACCUGCUGCACAUGGUUAUCUCUGUGGGAUUGAUCACAAUGCACUCAACAAACAAAUAAUGGAAUACAAACGGAAGAAGGAAAAAGGACUCCAGGACACGAGGGUGGUAUCACCUGGGCAAGUGCAAAUGGCUAAGGUGCCACAGUGGGUGAGGAGGAGAAGGAAAGCCUUGUCCCAGGCAGACCAGGACACCUCCCCCAGGAGUUUCCUCUUGGGUGAGGACAGUGAGGAUAAGGAUGAGGACAGUAUCCUGGAGUGUGGAUGCCAAUCCCAGAACACAGAGGAGUGGGAGGCAGAACCUGGAGGUAGGGGGACACAGCAGGACCCCCAUGGCAGAACAGAGCAAGGAUAGGCAUGAAGCUUCAAGCAGUCUGUCCAGGCCUGCGGAAGAAGAGUGAGCAUUUGUAUGAGGUGUGUCAUGUGUACUGCAGAGAUAAGUGAUUGAAGCUCUUAGUGGUAUCAUGGAUGCUUUUGCUAUUCAACUGUCAGUAGUUUUACAUGUAUCUAAACAUGAUUUUCCAUACAGAAGUCACUUUUGUUCUUUCCUGAACACACUGUAAUAAAAAAUAAAGUAAAAUACCUCUCCCA